GGGGCUUGUGGAGCGUUUCGUCAUGGAUCUCACAUCCGUCCGUCUCCUGCUCAUUCUUGGUCUUGUUGUUGCCGCCCAAGCUCAAAACUGUGAGAGACCUGUGCCCGGAGCCAACAUGGGCUUGAAGGACGAUUCCAUUCUCUUGGAAACGUUCCUGAAUGGCGCUGUGGCCUCUUUCAGGUGUGAUGUUGGCUACACGUCUGUAGGAGGGUCUUCAUCCGUUACUUGUGGAGACGGCAGCUGGAGUCCCGUGAAGCUGAAAUGCGAGAGAAAGAGCUGUGGCUCUGCUGGAGAAGUUGAUCACGGGAACGUUGAUUACCCUAAAGGGAAUCAGUUUGGCGAUAAGGCUGUGCUCAGCUUUGUUAAAUGUGACGAGCCUGUUGUUAAAAACGGUGAAUGGGUAUCAGGUUCUCGACCCCCCUAUAAACACUUGGUUAGUGUGACGUUCGAGUGCGAUACCGGAUACGACAUGGUGGGAGAGAGGACACAGACAUGUGACAUAAAUGACAACUGGUCACCCGGACUUCCAGAAUGCAUAAAGAAAGGUAAUUCCUACGUGUGAUUGGCUAUUAAUGCAAAUGAGGGGAUAUUUUCACUGUCUUCUUUUUCUUCAAUUAUUAGAACUAUACCAAACUCCAGGAUGGCUCAAUAGAAUUAAUCCCCAAUCUUCCCUCACACGUCCUCUGUUGGUCAAAUAGAUUCAGCAAAGACGUCCAUUUAAUACGCUGUCUGAACAGGGAUUGAGUGCUCUUCCUGUGAA